CCGACGCCGGCAGCCGGCUCUGACGCUCCCCUGCACCCAGCAGCAGGCUUCCAUCCCGGGCCCCUGACCCUAGGGGAAGCCGCGGCCUGAGAGAGGGCACAGCUGCCCGAGGGCGGCGGUUUCAGCGCCGGCCUGGAGCUGUUGGCCCGUGCCGCGCUGGAUGCCAUGAAUUGCUAAAAGAGCCUGGCUUUUCAGCUGCCUCAGGGUGCUGUGUGGGGGGCCUGGCGCCAUGUCGGACCUGCUGCUGCUGGGCCUGAUCGGGGGCCUGACUCUGCUGCUGCUGCUGACGCUGCUGGCCUUUGCCGGGUACUCAGGGCUGCUGGCCGGGGUGGCAGUGAGUGCCGGCUCACCCCCCAUUCACAACAUCACUGUGGCCUACAAGUUCCACGUGGGGCCCUAUGACGAGACCGGGCAGCUCUUCACCGAGAGCUGCAGCAUUUCCCCCAAGCUCCGCUCCAUCGCCGUCUACUACGACAACCCCCACACGGUGCCCUCCGAGAAGUGCCGCUGUGCAGUGGGCAGCAUCCUGAGUGAGGGAGAGGAGUCACCUUCCCCCGAGCUCAUCCAGCUCUACCAGAGAUUUGGCUUCAAGCUGUUCUCCUUCCCGGCACCCAGCCAUGUGGUAACAGCCACCUUCCCCUACACCACCGCCCUGUCUAUCUGGUUGGCUGCCCGCCGUGUCCACCCUGCCUUGGACACCUACAUCAAGGAGCGGAAGCUGUGUGCCCACCCUCGGCUAGAGAUCUAUCAGCAAGACCGGAUCCAUUUCAUGUGCCCCCUGGCUCGGCAGGGAGACUUCUAUGUGCCUGAGGUGAAGGAGACAGAGCGGAGAAGCCGGGGACUGGUGGAGACCAGUGACACCCCGAUGGACGGCACAGGCACAGGAGCAGACACGAUGAGUGACACGAGUUCCGUAAGCCUGGAGGUACGGCCCAGUAGCCGGGAGGCUUCGGCCACCACGCUGUCCCCUGGGGCCAGCAGCCGCGGCUGGGAUGACGGUGACACCCGCAGUGAGCACAGCUACAGCGAGUCGGGCACCAGCGGCUCAUCCUUCGAGGAGCUGGACCUGGAGGUCGAGGGGCCCUUGGGGGAAUCACGGCUCGACCCUGAGGCCAAGCCUGUGGGGGCCACUUCCAGAGCCCAGUACCACUGAGUAGGACUAAGAGUAACCUGUGGCCCGCACCCUCCUGAAGUACAGUUGCCAAGGAACCGAGCAGGCUGUCCAGCCUGGGCUGGGGCUGGGGGUGCCCAGGGGAACUGACUUCCCUGACCCCAGGCUUCUAGCUAAGCCUUCUCCUAACUGCCCUUUUGGUUCCCCGGGGCCAGAGGAGCCUGAGACUAUUAGUGGCACCAGCCCUUGGGGCUAUUGCCCCUGUUGUAUCUUUUUUCAGACUCACAUUAGAGCUUCCAGAACCCAGAAUAAAGCAGAUGUUUUUCUUGUUUCACCUGGA